UAGUUCAUUUCAUUAUAUACAUUUGUAAAAAGUUUAACAAGAAUUAAAAGAAAGGAAAUCAAAUAAAUAAACAAUCACAGCAUAUCGAUUAUUUACUCCAUAAAGGAAAUAUAAAAAGUGCCAGUAAAUAUAAAUAUUUGAACGGAAUACUAUAAAAACUUUUACCAAAGUAUCUUCAAAGUAUCUGAAAUAUAAAUGAAGCGCCAAAGAGAUGCAGAUGCAGACCUGUGGCAAAUAACGCCAAAAAGUGCGUUUGAAUGUGUCUGCCGUCUUAAUUUAAUUAACGGGCCACCGUUGAAUUAAAAAUAGCAGAUAUUUGACUAGGGAGUGCGCGAUAAUGGUCUUUACGUUGCAAAAUUAGAGUAUUCAUUACAGAGCUUACUAAUGUUAACUCGGAAAUAAAAUAUCAGUUUUAUGUGAUUUAUUAACGACGUACUUAUUUUUUAGUUUUAAUUUUUGUUGCUAAUUUGCCAAGAUAUGCUGUCGUUACGUUCUUUCAAUAAGUUGUUACAUCGCUGUCUUCUUUUCUUAACAUUUAUCUUGAUUUGCUUCAACGAAAUCAUUAUCUACCAUGUCAAUCGCUGCUCAUGGCAACAAAUAGGGUGUAAAGUUGGUAAUUGUACGCGCAUUUUGUUAAUUGCCGAUCCGCAGUUGCUGGGCUUAACUUACAGUAAAACUCUUUAUAGUGGAUUAGCACGCUUUGAUGCAGACAGAUAUUUACGUCAAACAUUUAAACAAGCCUUGGCUUUUACAAAACCCCAUAUUAUUUGCUUCCUCGGAGAUUUGAUGGAUGAGGGUAACGUUGCCUCGCCAGAAGAGUUUAAAAGUUAUGUCAAACGUUUCCAACAAAUUUAUCGUACAGAUGAUGAUCCCCGAUUCAAAUUGUUCUCCCCGUAUUACCAGCGGGUCCACAUUCCUGGCGACAACGACAUUGGCGGUGAAAAUGGCGAAUACAUAUCAAAUUUAAAUGUGCACAGAUUUGAGGAGGCCUUUACUCAAGAAGAUAUAUUCGAUUAUGGCGAGAAUCAUUUGCGCUUUUUCAAAAUUAAUCGUAUGUUGUUAGACUUUACAAAUCCGGAUAGAAGCAACAAUGCUAAGCAUUUGCGGAUUGGUCUUUCACAUGCUCCAAUACUUAUUGGUGGGGGUCCUCUGUUAAGGGCCAUACUAAAGGAAUUAGAUCCUCACAUAAUAUUUUCCGGUCAUUGGCAUGAAUCUCGAAUUUUUACGCACCCGGAUACAAAAGUUGUCAACUUUUAUGAGCCUGGUGUAAGACAAUUUGAUUUGAAAGCCAUUAAAGAACAACAACAUAGCUAUCUAGAAAUAAUGGUGCCCACCGCUUCAUACCGAAUGGGUAAAACGAAAAUGGGCAUAGGUUACGCUGUGUUAGAAAAUCACAACCUCAGCUAUACAGUUUUAUGGCUACCGAAUCGUUUUAUUUUUUUGCUGAUAUAUUUAUUUUGGCUUUUAUUUGCUGCUUCCAUGUUGUUAGUUUUCCGAAUGAUGACACGUUGUCCUUUCCGUACGGGCAAACGUAACAUGCAUUAUAAUUACCUCUCCAAUGAUACGUCACCAGAAUCUCAACAUAUGGAAUCGAAAUAAAAUUUGUUUUUUGUAAACCAAAAAUUAAAUCUUAAAUAAAUUAUGUAUUUUGAAAA